CAAACUGCGUUUUGUGUCAGUUCGUUUCAGAUGUCUUAAACGAAAAGCCAAUCAAAAAUUACAAAAAAAAAAUAAACAAUUUGGCUUACCGAUACGAAGACUGAAAAUUACCGCGUCCUGGCCCAUACCUUCUAAAAUUCAUCCCGACACAGGUUAGUUUUUGCAAUUGGCAACCUGUCUGCCUAACAUGUUUCCCGAUGACUUCGACGUUGAGCCCUUCAAUCCAUUCAAUGUGGGACCGCCCAAUAGUGGCGCCCGAUCUGAAUUCAAAAUACCUACCUGCGUUACGUAUCCGCCACCGGUUUUCGUACCCAAGUCCGAGUACUUGCAGCCAUCCAAGGAGUUGCUCACCGGAAAAAGCAAUCAAAGUAUAGGACAGUCCAGAAUCGGUGAAGUGGACAUUUCCAAGGCCAUCAAUGAAGAGAUGGCCGUGGCCAAGAAGCAGGCCGCUGCACUCAAUGAAAAAGACCGCAUUGAUGCGGGUGGUGUCUCAAAGACGAAACUCUCCCAGGACUCCCAAUCAAAGGGGGCGGUUUCAAAGGACUCUUUGCGCACCUUAAUGCCAGUAAGGUCGCCAACUGACCGACAGUUCAGUGGUGAGGGUAGAGGCAAUGCCAAAUUAACCAUUUCAGAAUCCAGGUCGGCUUCCAAAACGAGUUGCACGUUUAAGCAAAGUCAGGCUAACAUGUCCUUAAAGUCUUCGAACAUAACAUUAAAACAAUCUGCAAUUGCCAACAGCAUAUCCUCCAAUACCAGCCUCCCUCCGAAGUCAGUUUUGAAGUCAGCCAAUUUCCCAGAAGCAGCCAAAGUUUCCUCUACCACAAUGAAAUCACCAGUGUCAAAUAAACCAUCUGAAACCGGAACUGAGCGCUGCUCGAACUUAAAACCUGCUGCCUCAGACUCUAAAGAAUCUCUAAAGUUGGAAAAACCAAAGCAUUCCGAUUUGAAAGUGCAGGAAUCGCAGAAGAAAACAUUGCAAGAAUCGCAGAAGAAGUCUUCGCAAGAAUCGCAGAAGUCAUUGCAAGAAUCGCAGAAGAAAGCUUUGCAAGAACAACUCCCCUCUGAUAUUGUCAGCAAAAAUGCGAAGCAAGACUCUUGGAGCGAUCGAACUCAUUCGAAGACCAACAAAUCAAAUGUCCUACCUGAAUCCAAGGAUGGUCCCAGCUACAUUCGGUCGGAAACGGCUUUAUCCUACAGACAGUCCUUGAACCAGCAGGCUGCCGAAAUGGCGGACCGCUUAAAUGCCGGAAAUGAAAACUUUAGGCGCUACAAUUCCGUGGCACGGAAUCACUCGAUCAAAGUGCCUCAAAGACUUUGUGAUGGGGACCGCAUGACUUUCUGGUUCAGCGAUGCUGUUCUCUCCUAGAAACACAUUUGCUUGCCAAACAAAUCCUUAGUUCAUAUUUACUGAGAACUACUAGCUAUUGAACAGAGAAAUUUAAACGAAAAUUAAAAGUUUUUACAUUUAACAUACAAUUUCCCAA